CCGUACGCAGCAACUUACUGCUAUCUAGUGUACAGUCACCGUAAAAAGUCACGUGGGCUGCAACAGAAAAAGUACAGCACAAAAAGCUGUAGUACAUUGGGCCUUAAUUUGGAAGCUGUAUGAGACGUUGAUGGAGAGGCAUGGCCCGCAUAUCUCUACCCUCUUUGGACUCCUCCCUUCCAGGGAUACCCCAGAGUGUGCUGGCUGUUUCCAUGGAAGCUAAGUACCAAUGCCAGCAGUGUCACCAGGUCCUGAGGAAGCCAGUCCAGGCUCAGUGUGGACAUCGUUUCUGUGUCCAUUGUUUCAAACUGCUCACCAGCUCCGGCCCAAAGCCCUGUGAAGCCUGUCGACAGGAGGAGAUAUAUGAGGAGCCUCAGUCCAUUCUCAAUAGUAAUGAGGCUUUUCCAGACAAUGCAGCUGGUAGAGAAAUUGCCAGCCUACCUGCCAAAUGUAUCAGUGAGGGAUGCUCUUGGACUGGUUGCAUAAAAGAAUAUGAGGCACAACACGAGGGCAAGUGUGAGUAUGAACGAGUACCAUGUGAAACCUGCCAGGUCCUUAUCCUGCGCAGUGAAAAAGAGAGGCAUAAUGAGAGAGAAUGUGAAGCAAGGACAUUGAACUGCAAGUACUGCAAAGUCUCCUUCAACUUCAAGGAAAUCAAGGCUCAUGAUGAAAUCUGCCAGAAGUUUCCCAUGCAGUGCAAGGACUGUGGAAAGAAAAAGAUCCCACGGGAAAAGUUUCUAGAUCACAGCAGAUCCUGUGCCAAGUCUAAGACUGCAUGUCCGUUCAGUGAGGUCGGCUGCAAGGUUGUGAUUGAUAAUGGGAAGCACAGUGACCACGAGCAGACUAGUGUCAUGGAGCACAUGCGUCUGAUCCUGGCGACGAUGCCUCUGGUGCGGCUUCAACGUCCAGAGGCCCCAGGGCUGGGGGAGUGGCAGGAGGACUCUGGGCUGGGCCUGUACCGCGCUCCCGAGGAUGGAGCCACAGCUACUGCAGCCACAGAUGGGGGAGGAGCCGCUGCCUCCGGACAGACCUUUGGUCUUGACCACAAGGUGAGAGCACUGGAGAAUAUAGUGUGUGUACUGAACAGGGAAGUGGAGAGGAGUUCUCUCACUUUAGAGGCCUUCUCACGGCAACAUCGUCUAGACCAAGACAAGAUUGAGAACCUCGGCAACAAGGUACGUCAACUAGAGCGUACUCUCACCAUGCGGGACCUACAACUGGCUGAGACAGACCAGACUCUGAGAGAACUCCAGUUUUGCACCUUUGAUGGUGUCUUUGUCUGGAAGAUCGCCGACUUCUCACGCCGCCGCCAGGACGCUGUGGCCGGGCGAACACCCGCUAUGUUCUCACCAGCAUUCUACUCAAGUAAAUAUGGCUAUAAGAUGUGUCUGAGACUGUAUCUGAAUGGGGACGGAACGGGUCGAGGGACUCACCUUUCUCUUUUCUUCGUGGUGAUGAGGGGCAAGUGUGACGCUCUUCUCAAAUGGCCCUUCAGUCAGAAGGUGACACUGAUGCUGCUGGAUCAGAAUAACAGGGAGCAUAUCAUUGAUGCCUUCCGGCCUGAUGUAAGCUCCACCUCUUUCCAGCGACCAAUCAGUGAGAUGAACAUAGCCAGUGGCUGCCCACUCUUCUGCCCAUUGGCUAAACUGGCAGGCAAGAGCUCCUAUCUUAGGGAUGACACCAUUUUCAUCAAGGCCAUUGUAGACCUCACAGGCCUGUAGUGACUGUGGAAGUCAAAGGCCUGUAGAAACUAGAAGUGGUAGUCAAAGGUCUGAAGAAACUGGAAGUGGUAGUUAAAGGCCCAAAAAUGCACAGCAGAAGAACACACAAAAUUAUGACUUAUGACCAUAAAAUACAUUAAAUUAUAUAAUACUAUUAAAUAAUAUAAUAUAAUUAUAAGCAUAAUCUAGGCAGUGUCUAUUUAGCCAGCUAACAGCAUUUGAAUGAAAACUUGCAUUCUCUCAGGUGGGUCAAAAAUUCUCUCAGGGAGAGCGCUAUCUCAAGCGUUCGUCAGAUCUGCAGGAUUAUAUAGAUAUUGUAAAUUGUGGAACCAUCAAGUGUGCAGGAGGCACCACCAGUUGCAUGAUAAGGCAUUUACAGGUGAUUUCCAACAUAUUGGUAAUCAGAUUGCAAUGGAGGGUCUAGCCCCCCCAUAUGGGCCAUCUACGAGUGACGUAUUGUUCACCAUAGUUCACACUGUAAUGUUUAAAGUAAUAGUUACAGAGACUUAUAGUGGAUGUCAGAAAUAGAUCUCGCAUAUGGGACAAUGGAGCGCCCUUCACUGGUAACGAAAAGAGAGAUCAGUAGAUUGGACACCAUUGCCUUGAAUUAAUAAGUCUCAACAUCCUUUACAUAAACAUGCAAAUUGUGGUGGACUGAACCAAUGCUUGAAUAGAGGACCACAGUAUGAGUCAUAAU